AUGACGCCUCCCGGCAGUGAGUCACAGACUCUUAGGGACCUCAUUGAGGACGACCUUGACGAAGCGGUUGAUUACGAAAGUGACACCGUCUUUGUGGGACCCGAUGGGUCCCUUUUAGCCACCCUCACGGGUGAAGAUGACACUCGUCAUGCACCGAAUCCGUUCCCUGAACGUGGUGCAGCAGAUGCGCUAACAGCGUUACGUGACCCGCCUGACGUAUCAUCAACGGUAACGGUUACCAAUCCACUCGACGAGCAGCAACAGCGGUCCAUCGACCAAGAGGAAGGCGCCAAGCGCCGAACGAAGAACAUGACGCGGCUGCAGGACCACCGACAGUACAGGUUCAAGCCACCUACGGUGGAAGAACGUCUAAAGGAAGCAUCUGGGCAUUCCCUUUCUGGUUGGACCAUUGGGCCUGAGGCCAUUUCACCUGAGGAUGUUGCCACACGCACGGCACUUCGACAACGAUAUCUGGAGCCCCAUAUCACUACUCAAAGCCAAUACUUGGCACGCCUUAAUAGGCAAGAAGAAGAAGACACGGCUUUUAGCCGCUGGGCGCAUUAUGCGCGACGUUUAAGCAGCAUGUGGGCCCUACGGGCAAGCGCCGAUGUGGCAGAUAUCCGACUUGAGCGGAAGAUGCGUUAUGAUUACGCUAAAUUGAAGGCCCGGGGGAAAUUGAAAUCCCAACGAACGCAUUAUGCGCCUGCUACCCAGCAGCCUAAUGUUUCGGCUACCCCUGUAGCCGCGAGUUCACGACAGCCCGAGGCCGCUAACCCGCCUACCCUCACCCUUACUGGUGAGAAGCGUCAGCGCCAACAGACAGACCCUGCGCACGACGCUCAAAAACGUCCACGGCGUACGGGCAAUCCUGCCGAAGGGGAGUCUCAAAAAAUUUCCAUGAAUUCCAUGAUUCGGGAUAACCCCGCCACUUCACCAGAUACUGGUUUUGGCCAUGGCGGCGACGCUUCUGCAGUAGACGCUCCACGUGGAACUGCAGGUUCCCCUGCGCAUCGAGCAAAGGAGGAGGAGGCCGGUGUAUCGGUACAAGCUCAUGCCGAGCUUGUUCAGGAGGUGCGGUCCCUUCGUGAGGAGAGGCAGACGAUGAACUCCCGGCUUGCGUCCCUGGAAGAGAGUCGGACCCGAAUGCAGGGUCAGCUUGACAUGUUGGCGCAGAUUCUUCGUCCCGCGACAAUGCCAAUGGGCUCGGCGCGAGCGCCUUAG